UCUAAUAGAUCCUAAGAUGUCACACAUUUGAUUGGAAAUUCUUAAUCAGUGUGCAGAUCUAAAACAUCUCCUCAGGGGACAAUGUUUCGGCCAACAGGAAUGGGCACAAAAACCCGAGGUUUGGAACGAUGGAUGAUUGUCCUUAUUGUUAUAGCAGGACUAUUGAUUACCGGCAUAACUGUUGGUCUUCUGGUUCAUUUCUUGGUCGCUGAUCAGAAACUGGAGUAUUAUCAUGGCACCUUUAAAAUUUCAGAUGUACAGUUGAAUGCCAAUACUGAGCAAGGCUAUGCAUAUCAUUAUAAGGACUUACGUGAAAUAAGUGAAAUUUUGGUGGAUGAGAUAUUUAUGGAUUCUAUCUUGAGCAAACAUUAUAUCAAGAAUCGAGUAAUCAAUCUGAUGCCAGAAAUAGAUGGCAUGAAAGCAGAUGUUGUUAUGGUGUUUCAGUUUCCCUCCAAUGAGAAAAGAGAAACAAGGGAGAAAAAAAUUCACAACAUUUUACAUCAGACAAUAAGAAACACAAGAGCUCUGAAAAUAAAUGCCUCAUCCCUUCAGCUCAAUGCUAUGAGUUCAACAACGGGCAAGCUAACUGUCCAAUCAUGUUGUGGCAAACGAGUGACUCCAACAAUAGUCAACAGAAUAAUUGGUGGAGAAAUUGCACCAAAGUCUGCCUGGCCAUGGCAAGCCAGUCUUCAGCAUGACCAUGUUCAUCAGUGUGGGGCCACUCUGAUUAGUAACACAUGGCUUGUUUCUGCAGCUCACUGCUUUAAGAAUUAUCGCAGCCCACGUGGAUGGACUGUUAGUUUUGGUACAACUAUUAAUCCUCCUUUAAUGAAAAGAAAUAUCAAAAGAAUUGUAGUCCAUGAAAGGUACCGUUCUCCAGCACGAGAGUAUGACAUUGCAGUAGUGCAGUUUUCUCCUCAAGUCACCUUUACUGAUGAUAUACGCCGUAUUUGUCUACCAGAUGCAUCUGAUUAUUUCCCACCUGCUUCAACAGUCUAUAUCACAGGUUUUGGAAGUCUUUUGUAUGGUGGGGACUCACAGAAUGAACUUCGACAAGCAGCAGUGGAAAUCAUAAGUGACGAAAUAUGCAAGCAGCCACAUGUAUAUGGCAAAGAGAUAACAUUUGGAAUGUUUUGUGCUGGUUUCUUGGAAGGAAUUUACGAUGCCUGCAGGGGUGACUCUGGUGGACCCCUAGUUGUAAAAGACUCUAAAGAUACUUGGUAUCUCCUUGGAAUUGUGAGCUGGGGUGAUAACUGUGGUCGUGUGAACAAGCCUGGAGUCUAUACCCAAAUAACUUAUUACCGGAAGUGGAUUGCCUCAAAAACUGGUGUCUAAAGGACCUCUUUUUAUGCAGGGCUUAUAUCUGAAACUCCCAAUCUUUAGCCAUGUGUAUAUCCUUUAGGUUUCGCUGAACAAUUGUCCAUAUCAACAUAAUAUAAAUACAGUAAAAUGCAUUCACAUUUAGGAAGGUGGGGGUUUAUUCAGCCAAUGUAUCCAUAACCAAUUUGUAAUGCUUAAAAAAAAAAUAAUCAUGAAGAUUUCCCUGAUUUUAAAUAACCAUUUCUAUGUGGUUUCUGUCCCUUAGAAAAGAUUGCAUAUAGGAGAAUCAUGCAAAUAUCAAACAGGAAGCCCAGAUGUUUUGAAAUGUGCCUUUUGGGAUCAUCUGUUCCUAAUUUUGAGUAUGAUUGGGGAAAAAAUGUUUUGGGUUUUUUUUUAACAGCUCUAGAAAUCCAUUCUUAAUUUUGCUAUGCUUUUCCAGCACCUUAUACAUUUGUUUUGUCUUUCUCUGGUCUUAUCCUCAAGGUGAGCCAUGAGGAAAAGCUAUCAUCCCAUUAGCCUGAGAAAGGAUCCUAUUAUCCUAGAGCUUCAGCGGCUUCUAUUCCCAGUGGAGAGGACUCCAAAAGACAAAACUGUCAUCACUGUGAACUAGACCAGAAAUUUGCCAUCUUUUUUGGAAUCUUGGUGCCCUCUUGAUGCUUUAUUUUUUUAGCUUAUUCAACUUUUCCUCACUCUUCAGAACACACAUUCAUAGAACUAGAUGUAUAUUUUAUUUAUUGAAACAAAAAUAAAUUUUUUAUUUACUAUAUUA